UGACUGAACCUUGACCCCAGGUAACUCCUCCCUCCUGUCAGCUGCAGAGAGAGCUCGCUGCCACAAGAGUCCUCCUCCCUCACUUCUUCUCCCCCUCAGAGGCUUCUCCUGUGCGUGUCUGAACAUGCCGAGACACACCGGGAGAGGGUGGAGACAAAAAAGCAAAAAAAAAAGAAAACAAGAAAAACCAGAGAGCCUGAGAGCCAGAGAGACAGAGGGAGAGAGAAGGGAGGAGAAAGAGUGGAGGGGGUGAGAAAGCAAAAAGGAAAUUACCUGCAGAAGCUGACAGGAAGGUUCGAUGUUUAAAGGACAAGAGCUGAAGGAAGAGGGUAAAAAGUGGCUUUAAUUUGGAAACAGAAGACAACACAGCAGCUCCUCUGCCUUCUAGGGAGGCGUGAUGAACGCCUGUGAGCACGCCGUUCGGCACCCGGCAGGAAAAAGAUCAGAAUGAACGCAGAGGAUGAUGAGCCGCGACUGAAGCUCACUCGUAGUAUUGCUUUCCUAUCCGUGCGACCCAUCGAGACCUGCAGGAAGGAUAUCCAGCGGUAGAAUUCCCCUGAUGCAACACACUUCCUGAAAGUCAGAGUGAAAACGUUGAAGCAAGCAUGGGAUGUGAAGCUGAGAGCACCGACUUGUCUCCUGGAUGUCAGAAGCCCGGGAGCAAAUGAGCGGCUCAGCACACGGAUGCAGCAGCAGCCUGCUCCGGGGCCGGCGGUUCUACUGCCGGGAAUGGGCCCUGGACAAGCUGAGGCGCUGCCUGGACGCCCGCCCGGCGUCUGGCCAAGCGCCGGGGCUGCUGGUGACCGGGGGGCCCGGCGCUGGGAAGACCGCCCUGUGCACUGAACUGGUGUGGCCCACCUCCCAGGCAGGCCUGGCUGCGGGGCUUUGGCAGCGCUGCCUGGCUUCCCACUUCUGCCUCAGGGAGGACCAAAGGAGUACGGUGCUGUGGAGGUUCGUCCUGGGCUUGGUGGAACAGUUGAGGGCCUCCCCUCUUCUUCCUCCUGGGUAUGAGGAGAUCCUCAAAAGUCCAUCUGUUUCCUCUGCUUUGGAGCCUCUCAACUGUCAAAAAGACCCCGAGGCCACCUUCAAGAGAGCGGUGUUGGAGCCGCUGUUGAACCUCCCUCCUCCUGCCCAGACUCUGAUGGUAGUGGUCGAUGCCCUGGAUGUUCACUGGAUGCCAGGGGGAAGAGUUGACAAGAGUGGCUCGAUUGCAGAACUCUUGUCUACCAAUCGGCAUCUCCUGCCCAACUGGCUGCUGUUGGUGUGCUCUAUCCGCCGUAAUAACAAAGAUGUGUGCAAGAUGUUCUCAAGCUUUCGCAGACUCUGCCUGGACGAUUUACGAAAGCCACCAACAGUCCGUGACGUUCAGCAAUACAUCCUCUGUCGUCUGGAUGAAGAUUCUGCGCUACGGCGUCAGCUCACCCCCGACACUGCCGAUAUGCUCAAUCUCCUGCACAUCAAGAGUGGAGGCUGCUUUCUCUUUCUUGAGCGAGUGUUGGAUGGUGUGGCAGCUGGGCUCGUGGGUCUGCGAGAGAUCCGAGACAUCCCUGGGACACUCAAUGGACUCUAUCUCUGGCUCUGCCAGAGACUUUUCCCUCGACGCCUCUUUGUCUUUGUCAGACCUCUCCUCAAUGUGCUUUUGGCUGCUCCAACUCCACUCACAACUCAGCAGCUAUUUACAGCAGCCUGGACUCAGGACACCACACUUAGCUCACAGGACUUCCAGAGCAAACUCCGUACACUGUCUCCCCUCUUGAUUGACGGCCCUGAGAGCACCAAACUACUUUUUCAUGCCAGCUUUACAGAAUGGCUGACCGACGUUAAGUACUGCACACAGAAGUACCUCUGUAACAGGACUGAGGGUCAUAGCAUGCUCGCCAUGUCUUUGACUCUACAAGGACCCCACCUGGACCCAGAGGGCACGUGUCAAUUAGCUACACACUUAGUUUGCUCAGGUCACCAUAAAGAAAACCCUUCAUUGUUGGCACUCUGGAUGCUGUGGACAGGGCUUCCUCCUCUUACUUACAACUGCCGUGAAACUCUCUCCAAAUCCUUAGCACAGCUUCCUCCUCUGGUCAGUCAGGAAGUCCCACAGCUGUUAAUGAAAAGUGGACUUCUUUCGCCAGGCUGUUUUUCCAACAAGGAUGACACUGCUGCAAUGCACCGCACCGCUGAGCAAGGAGACACAUUACACAUGCUGGAGAUGGAAGUGUCUAUAAAGAAGCUGCUAGAAAGUGGGCGCUCUGUAAACCAGCCUGAAUGUUCUGGACAGACCUUGCUUGCUAAAGCGGCUCAUGAGGGUUCUGCAAAUGUUGCUAAAUGUCUCCUAGCACACGAGGCCGAUCCACUCAUAAGUGACCAUCACGGUCAGACUCCUCUGACUUUGGCAUCCAGACAGGGUCAUGUAAAAGUGCUAUCUGUCUUACUAGAAUGGACUAAAAGCCAGAGCAAAGAGACUGCAGUGGCAAUGAUGGAGCACGUUGACAAUGAAGGUUGGACCGCGCUGCGUUCUGCCGCUUGGGGAGGACACUGUGAGGCUGUCCGCUUACUCCUGGAUGCAGGGGCAGAUGUAAAUGGAUGCGACAGCGAGGGCCGUACUGCCCUCAGAGCUGCCGCAUGGGGCGGUCAUGAGGAAAUCAUCCUCACCCUGCUGGACUAUGGAGCAAACAUUAAUAAAGCUGACAGCAGGGGUCAAACACCGCUUAUUGCAGCUGCCUACAUGGGGCAUCAUGAAACCGUGGAAAUAUUGCUCAACCAUAAUGCAGAAGUUGAUCUAGCCGAUGGCGAUGGACGAACUGCUCUUUCAGUUGCUGCUCUGUGUGUCCCAACAGCAGCGGCGAUUAAAGGUUAUGGAGCUGUAGCAAGUCUGUUACUUGAACGUGGAGCAGAUCCAGGCCACAGAGACAAUGAUGGAAUGACACCACUGCUUCUUGCAGCCUAUGAAGGCAAUGAAGAUGUAGUUGAGCUUUUGCUGGAAGCUGGUGCUGAUGUAGACGAAUCCGCGGGCCCUGAUGGAAGCAUUUCUGCUGCAGCUGCUGUUACCCCCUUGUUGGCAUCUGCAGCCAUGGGUCACAUGAAAACAGUGUCCAGGCUGCUCUUCUGGGGGGCAGAUGUGGAUGCCAUUGACUGCGAAGGCAGGACAGCACUCUGCCUAGCAGCAGCAAGGGGCAGCUUGGAAGUAGUCCGUGCCCUACUGGAUCGAGGGCUGGAUGAGAACCACAAGGACGACCUUGGCUGGACCCCACUGCAUGCUGCUGCCUGUGAAGGCCACCGUGCCGUGUGUGCUGCUUUGACAGAUCAAGGCAGCAUGGCACGUGUAGGAGAGAUGGACAUUGAAGGACGCACACCUCUUAUACUGGCGGCCCAAGAAGGUCACCUGAGCACCGUCAAACUACUACUCGACAGGCGUUCUCCAAUCGAUCACAGGGCAUACGAUGGACACUCUGCAUUGAGUGCCGCUUUUCUGGAGGGCCAUACUGAGGUUGCAGAACUUCUCAUGAAGAGAGGGGCAGAUACUGAUGUGCGUGAUGCUGAAGGACGGCCCCUGCUUUACCUCCUGGUGCUUGAAGGUCGUCUUAAUAUGGCGACUCUUGUCAUAGAAAAAGGAGGUGUGCCACUGGAGUCCCGAGACCCUGAGGGCCGCACAGCUCUUCAUGUGGCUUCCUGGCAGGGUUGUGUGGAGAUUGUAGAUUUACUUUUAAAACAUGGGGCAAACCCCAAUGCACAAGACACUGAAGGGAGACCACCAGUGCAUUCUGUUGCCUGGACAGGACAUCGAAAAGUAGGACAUCGUCUCCUGGCAGCAAAUAGUGUAAAUAUAGACCUGGCUUGCCAUCAAGGAGCAACAGCUCUGAGCAUCGCAGCUCAAGAAGGACAUGUUGACAUUGUGAAAAUGCUUCUAGAAAAAGGUGCAAAUCCUAAUCAUAUAGAUAAAUAUGGACGGAGUCCAGUCAAAGUGGCUGGAAAACAUGGGCAUGUUACAAUCGUACAACUCUUGGAGAACUAUGGAGCUAAGCCAUACCUGGGCCCAUUGCCUAUUUCUAGCACUGUAUCCCCUUCGAAACCCAAUAAGAUCCUCUCAUUGUUGGAGAGUAAUGUAGUCGAAGUGACAGCCGCUACCACCUCCUCUUCACUAUCUUCUCCCGGCUCCACUGGAGAACGGUUUCACUCCAUGCAAAGCUCCCAGACCUCAUCUACCUGCCACUCAUUUGCCACUGUACAGACAGUGCCAGCUGACAGCCUUAGUUUUAUCCAGCAGAUCCAACAGCAUUCACUUCCUCGCAGCCGGAGUCGACACUCCACCCUCCCUCCACCGGGGAGCUCAGUAAUCGGAAGCCUCCAUGGAAGUAGCCAAAGGCCUCCAAAAUGCAUCCCUUCUCCUACUGUUUGCACAGUUAGGGCUAUGGUACACAACUAUGAACCCCCUCAGAAAGGUUUGUCUUCUGGGCUUGAAUACCACGACAACAAGAACAACAAACAAAGCUCAAACAUGAUUAAAGCAGAAAGGGUUGCAGGUGGUAAAUGGAAGUCAGUCAUGGCUUCUCUUGGUAUAAUGCCAAGCCAGGACAGCCCUCUGAGUGCCAAAAACAGAGAGAUUCCUUCGUUGGACUACCCAUACAGGCUACAGAGUCCAUCUCAAGUGGAAGCUUGGGAUUCCCUAACCCAGAACAUUUUAUCACCUGUUUGUUACAGUUUUACCCCCACCCCACCUUGCAGUGCCUUGACAGAUGAUCUUAUGGUCACUACAGACCCACAUCUUAAUCUAAAACAGGCCAUCAAACUACAAUUUGAGGGCCCCACCAGUGCAGCCUUACACAAGAGGGAGACACCCCUGUAAAAAGGCAGCGAGGAAGGCUACUCAAGCUUGGUCUUUUUCCAAAAAUCUUUAGGAUUUCAUCUAUUUAAGUAAGGGCUCAACAGUUGAAAGGAUAGCUAAACGCAUUUCAGGUGAGGAUCUUUUGUGGUUCAAAGAGAAGAAAUCUGAACUUUUAUAAUUCAAAGACAAGUGUAUGGAAUACCCUAUUUUCACCUCCUUCACAAAACUUGGAAAAGACCAAGUACAAUAAACACAUAUCUGCAUAUUUUUUGCUAGCUUUGGUUGCUAAGUAAAGCUUGUUUUUUGUCAUACUGUCAUGACUGUGGAUGUUUUUUGUUUUUUUUACCUGGAAGACAUUUGGCCAUUUUAGUUUAAUUUAUUUUCUUCUUCAGAUCCAAGAACCAUUCCACUCAUUUCAUAGCCGUCAGAAGAAAAGUCUAUUCUUUUAAAAACCAAAUGGCGUCUGGUCCUGAUUUUUCUUUGACGUAGUUGAUAUUUUUAAGAACCUGGUCUACAUCCUUCAUUAUUACAAUGAAAAUGGCGAAAGCAUACCUGCCAAAGCCUGCCCUUGUGUGGGCUUCUGAUUCAGAACCCAUGCAGGCAAAUCCACAGACUACAACCUGGCCUGCCCACAGUUUGUCUGUGAGCACGCAGGAAGGAUGGCUAAAUUUGGAUCAAUACAACUAGGUUGUAACGUGGGAGGAUUGUUGUGAAAUUUGUAUGUUGCUUAAAGAAUUUUUUUGUUUUGAUCUUUUUCUAACUCUGUUAAUAUUCAUUACACCCCAACAAUUAAAAUUGCAACCAGUGCUUUAAAGUUUUA